AAACCGGAUAGAAGUGAGAUAAGCAAAUAAAAUCUGAAGCAUACUGGAGGAAGAAUUUAAGUCGUCAUCCAUUAGUCAAUUUGCAAACAGCGAAAAAUUUGAAAAAUACUAUAAUAUAUAUUUGAUUGAUCGCUAAAAAGUUGUGAAAUGUCUAGAAUACUUGCUGUGCCACCCAAGAAGCCGUCAGAAGUUGACAUCAUUAAACCGCUAAAUAAUCUCAUACAGAGUACAUAUAGUGGAGCGAGUGCCGAGGAAAAGGCCAAAUAUUCGGAAGCUGUAAAUGAAUUCUCCAAACAACGCAACACGGCAAUAUGGAAGUUCUUUGAAAAAUAUGAAUCUUCGCUCGAGGUAGUUUAUGCUUAUUAUGAUCAAAUAUGUUCGUUGGAAACCAAAAUUCCUGUCAAUGAACUACAGAUUCCGUUUAAGUGGAAGGAUGCAUUUGAUAAGGGAUCAAUAUUUGGCGGUCGCAUUAGCUUGACUCAUACAUCACUGCUGUACGAAAAGGUAUGUGUGCUCUUUAAUAUUGCCUCGUUGCAAAGCAAUGUGGCAGCAGCACAGGCUUUGGAUAGCGACGAAGGUUUAAAGGUCGCAAUCAAAUUACUGCAGCAAAGUGCAGGCAUAUUUCAGUACCUUAAGAGUGCUACUCCCGCUGCCAUACCCUCUGAACCUACGCCCGAUUUGAGUCAGGAUACAUUGAUUUGCUUGCAAGCACUAAUGGUUGCGCAGGCUCAAGAGGUUUUCACCUUAAAAGCCAUCAAAGAUAAUAUGAAAGAUCAAAUUAUCGCUAAACUCUGUUGCCAGUGUGAAGAGUUCUAUGCCGAUGUAUUGCGCGCCAUGCAAAAGGAGAGCGUGCGUAACAUUUGGGAAAAAGAAUGGAUUCCUGCCAUUGCCGGCAAACAGGCAGGUUUUCACGCGCUAACACAUCUCUACCAGAGUUUGGCAUGCCGUGCGGCGAAGAGAGUUGGCGAGGAAAUUGCACGUUUGCGUUCGGCUGUUGAAUUAUUCAAAGCAGCGCAGACACGUUCCGGCAAUGCUACUUAUCUUGAUGAAUUCUUCAGUCGCGCUAGACGCAAUCUUGAGGAGUCAACAAAAGAUAAUGAAUUCAUCUACAAUGAAAUGAUACCGGAUGUAAAUUCUUUGCCAUCACCAGGCAAAGCACAACUAGCUAAGUCAUUGCCCCUGACUUCACCUUUGGCUAGUAACUUUAAGGACAACUUCUCAGAGUUAGUACCAGUCGAGCUGCACCGUGCAUUGACUGCGUCCGACAUGCGUAAGAAUGAAAUAGUGAAUGGUGAAAUAAUGAAACUGCGUGAAGCCACGCAGACCUUAAAUGGCGUGUUGGCCAGUUUAAAUUUACCGGCAGCUAUUGAGACCACCGACGCCGGCAGUGGCCUACCACCUUCGCUACGUGAGAAAGCUGUCGAUGUGCGCAACAAAGGUGGCAUAGAGAGCAUAAAUACUUAUCUCAAGGAGCUACCCGAGUUGUUGCAACGCAAUCGUGAAAUACUGGAUGAAACAGAGCGGCUUUUGGAUGAAGAACGCGAUUCGGACAAUCAGUUGCGAAAUCAAUUCAAGCAGAAAUGGACACGUAUACCCUCUGACAAGCUAACGGAAAUGUUCCGCACAAAUGCGAAAAAAUAUCGUGAAGUAAUCACAAAUGCCAUCGAAGCUGACAAAAUUGUGCGUCAGAAGUUCGAAACCAAUCAGAAGGGCAUAGAAUUACUUUCCUUGGCUCCUGAACAAAUCCACGAAGCCAUACCAGCAGCUGGUGGCAACGUUGAUCAGAAUUGCAACAGUGUUCAAAGAUUAAAGAGCCUCAUGGAAGCGGUUGAAACAAUUAAAGCUGAACGUGAUUCCAUAGAGUCGGAGCUGAAAUCUGCUACAUUUAACAUGAAAGAAGAAUUUUUGUCAGCAUUGCAAAAGGAUGGCGCUAUAGAUGAGCCAGCAAUUUCGCUCUCCCGCAUCGGACAUGUAUUGAAUCCACUCCAAGCACAGGUGAAAGAGAGUGUAGAACGACAGGCGACGCUUGUUAGUGACAUACAGCAAGCGCACGAGCAAUUCGCUUCUGAAACCGGAAGUUGUGGUAGCUCGCGUGAUAAGCUCUACCAAGAAUUGGCUACGGCAUAUGAUAGUUUCAUUGAGUUGCUGGGCAAUUUGAAAGAAGGCACCAAAUUUUAUAACGACUUGACUGAACUCUUGGUGGUAUUCCAAAAUAAAAUAUCAGAUUUUUGUUUUGCACGUAAAACCGAGAAGGAAGAACUUUUGAAGGACUUGACAACCGAGUCUAGCCGCCCAGCAAUAGGUCCAACACCGACAUUGCCAUCACAUUACUCGUCGACGUCAGGAAAUGAUGUUAGUCCAUCCAGUUCAACAACCUCUGUUCCGGAUGCACCAGCACCUUCGACCGGAAAUGUGCCCUAUCCACAUCAAAUGCAAGGCAUGCCGAUGCCAUAUGGCGCCACACCUAACGUGCCAUACCCAGCAUACGUUCCACCACCAAUGCCACAGGGAUUUAAUCCUUAUGCAACGCUGCCUUAUCCAGGAACGCCUUAUCAGUAUAGCGGAUUCCCACAGGGUCCGCAACCCGGACAUUAUGGCACUUAUCCUGGCAGUUAUGCUCAUCAACAGGGUGGUUAUCCCAACCAGAAGCCACCAGGCUGGUAAAAUGUGUGCUACACCUUCUGAAUCUCUUCCACAACCACAAUGUCUUGUUAUAUUAUUCGUAUUAAUCGUAUGAUUUCCCUAAAUCGGUGGAAGGGAAUUUUUUUUAUUACUGUAAAGUUCUGCACUUGAAUACACUUAUCGAAAUUAUUUAGUAUUAUAGUCCAAACGUAACGCAAUAUUGCAAAAAUACAUAUUUACUCGUACACACAUAUAAAUGUAUAUGAAAAUGGAAUAUUCGAAGCAUUAAUAAUUAAUAAAAUCAUGUUAACUGAAAUCAA